CCUUCACAUGAGCAUGCUAGGAUUUGUGUAUCUCGUUCUCAUCCUGGGCUGGAUACUGAUCGUGCUGUUCCUCAAGUGCAAAAAGUCCUUGGCCGCUCCUUUUCGCUUUGGCGAGAACUACACUGAUGCCAUCGCCGAUACGGACCGUCGUCCCUCGGUGCAUGUAAUCCAACUGCAGCACGAUGAUGUGGAACGGGAGGAUCACUAUCUGGACAGUUUUCACCAGAACACGGAGAACCUGCAGCGCUACUCUCAUCGCUCGCAACGCUCCACCCUGGAGGAGCGUACCGUGGAGCGCACCUAUCCCACGGAUGCGGUGAUAAAUCCGGCCUAUAUGCACGACGAGGAUUACGUGAUCAAUGCCCCGCCACCGUCGUACGAGGAGGUAAUGCGCCAGCCACAGGUGUAUCCGCAGGUGCGACACAACAAUCACAAGAUCAGUGAUGCUAACAUAUAAUUAGAUAUAGAGUCUAGAUAUCCCUUCUUUCAAAUUGUAUAUACGCGUUCUUUCGUCUUUGUCUCAGCUGUGAUUUACAGUUUUUGUAUACGUUAUAGGUUGAUUUUUUAUUUCACAUUUCACCUAAACAAAACAUAAUCAAUUCGAUUGAUUCAACUUAGGUGGCCUGCGCCCUCUUGCACUGCGAAUAAUAGUAGUGUUUACAUAGAAAAUGUACAAAAUGAUUUUACGCGUAAUAAAGAUUAAUAGUUAUGUGAUUACGAUUAAUAAUUACAAACAAACAGUCAGUCCACACGGAUUGUAAUUGUAAUU